AUGUGUCAUUCAUUACAGGGGUUGGUGUCGUUUGAGGAUGUGGCUGUGAACUUCACCUGGGAGGAGUGGCAGGACCUGGAUGAUGCCCAGCGGACCCUGUACAGGGUCGUGAUGCUGGAGACCUACAGUAGCCUGGUGUCACUGGGGCACUGCAUUACCAAACCUGAGGUGAUCGUCAAGUUGGAGCAAGGAGCAGAGCCAUGGACAGUAGAGGAACCCCUAGAGCAGAGCCUCCCAGAUGUCCAGACUGCAGGUGACCUGAUGGAGACUGGCCAGGAGUAUCAGAGCAGACUUUUGUGGCAAGUUGGAUUGGCCAACUAUGAAACGUCAACGAAGGAGAGAACCAGUUUGGGAAAAACACUUAAUUUGAGUGCAGCCGACGUUUCAAAACUGAUUGUAAAUAACGGAAGCUACUCAGGAGUGAAGCCAGAGUUGUGUAAUGUGUGUCAGAACACGUUUCUCCCUGGUGAGCCUGGUGGGAUGCGUGUUGGAGAGAAUGCCGAGGAAUGUCAUACAACUGGGAGCCCCCUCAGGUGUGCUGAGUGUCCUAGUUGUCAUCUGAGGAAUCAGACUUUGUGGCAGCCUCUUGAAUUUAGUGGGCAAGGGAAAGACUUCAACAAGGGGGCAACACUCUGUACCUAUAGGAGAGCUCACAUGGGAGAGACUGCCUGUAGGUAUAAUGAACAUCGGGAAGCCUGUGGUAAGUCAGCUGUCACUGCCCAAGAGAGAACUCACAUAGGGGAGAAUCACUGUGGAUGUAACAAAUGGAGGAACACUUUUUGUGAGAAACCAACACAGUUGAAUCUUGGUCUAGCCGAUUUCGAGGAGCAACGCCAUAAACAUGAUCAAAGUGGGGGUAAUUUCAGCAAGAAAUCACACCUCGCUCAGCUUUCGAGAACUCCGUUAGAAGAGAAAACUUUUGAAUGUGAUGUAUGUGCUAAAACUUUCUACAAGAGGUCUAAUCUCAGUAAACAUCGGAAAAUACACACAGGAGAGAAACCCUAUAAAUGUAGCGAGUGUGAGAAGACCUUCAUUAGUAAAACAGUUCUUACAGUACAUCGGAGAACUCAUACAGGGGAGAAGCCCUAUGCAUGUGUCGAAUGUGAGAAAUCUUUCUGCCAUAAGUCACACCUGACUGUUCAUCAGAGAACCCACACAGGGGAAAAACCGUAUGAAUGUUAUGAAUGUGGGAAAUCCUUCCCUGUGAAAACAAAACUCACCGUACAUCUGAGAACACACACAGGGGAGAAGCCCUAUGAAUGUAAUGAAUGUAGGAAAUCCUUUUACCAGAAGUCAGCCCUCACCAUACAUCAGAAGAUUCACAAUAGGGAGACACAUCAUGAAUGCAAUAACUGUGGUAAGACAUUCCAUAAGAAGUCAGUUCUCACUGCACAUCAGAGAACUCAUACAGGAGAGAGACCUUAUGAAUGUAAACAAUGUGGGAAGUGCUUUGGCCAUCGCCCAGCUCUCACUGUACAUCAGAGAACUCACACAAGAGACAAACCUUAUAAAUGUAACGAAUGUGGGAAAUCCUUUUGUGUGAAGCCAAAACUUACUGUGCACCUGAGACUUCACACAGGUGAGAAGCCCUUUGAAUGUAAGGAGUGUGGGAAAACUUUCUACCAGAAGUCCAAACUCACUGUACACCAGAGAACUCACACUGGUGAGAAACCUUAUGAAUGUAAUGAAUGUCGGAAAACCUUUUGUGAGAAGUCAACCCUCAAUAGGCAUCAGAGAACUCACAGGGGAGAGAAACCUUAUGGAUGUAAAGAAUGUAGGAAAACUUUCUACCAGAAAUCAGCCCUCACUGUUCAUCAGAGAACUCACACAGGAGAGAAACCCUAUGAAUGUAAUGAUUGUGGAAAAACCUUCUGUCAGAAAUCACACCUCAGCAAACAUUUGAGAACUCACACAGGGGAGAAGUUAUGUGUGGCAGAGACUGGCUGUAUGUAUACCAAAACUCACUUUCUCUUUGUGUUGGGCACACAGUUAGCCUACAUUUCUCAGCCUCCCUUUGUUGUGGGUGGGACCAUGUAA